GAGGUCUUUAACAAAUURCAUCUAAUUCCAAAUGAAAGAGAUCAAAAACGCUCCUUGAAUUCCUUGAUAUGUCGCCGACGAGAAGAAGAGAAGAGGGACUGAGGGAGGGCCUCGAAAGUCUCUGGGACGAGUAAUUAAAAUAUAAUCACAAUAACAAUAAAAAGCCGUAAAACCGGAAGAAAGGAGGAAAAAAGGAAUCGGAUAGAAAUGCCCCGAAAUAACUGGGAAACGAACGRAAAAUGSUUUKAAAACUUCAAUAACRCUGGUAAURAAUUCUAUUCAUUUUGGCUAAUUUUAGAUUGAAUAACGAUUCUAUAUGCUCAAUAUGAACUAAAUAAGAGAGUCCAGCACGAAMGAAAAACUGGCUGCAUUCAAUAUUAAUGAGUUUGUGCGAGCGAUAUACAAUCAAACACCUAAUAUAUGGAGUUGUUAACAAACCGAUCAUGAAUAAUUAACGUAAACCACAGGCAUGAUUGGAAGAUAAUAACCUCCACAGUAAAACAAUGAUCUGGUUUUCACAUAAUUGAACUUUUUAGCCAAUUGAAUAGAACAUUCGAGAGAAUCCUUUAAAAAAAUGAUGGUUAAAGCUGGACGGCGAUAUAAAUGCAGGUUGCCGGGCUGAAUUCCUUCUACAUUGGUACUGAACGCUAUGGAGAUGACACUCGCAUAGGACAAGUUAUUAUAUAAUUAUAUGCUUACCAGAAGAGGAUUAGCAUUACGAGUACGGGAUUUUGACUUUUUUUUCUUUGACUUUUGACGGAAAACAAGAAGCGCAGGAUAUCCCAUACCGAUAUUCAGAUUGGAUCGGUUUUUGCAAACGAAUUGUCAACAUGCCUUGGGGCUCUCUAAAAUGGUCCAUCAAUCAACCCAUGAGAUUUUAUACUUUGACGUUUUUUAUAGUACGAUAGCUGAGCCAUUGCUCUUGCACCAAAUCUCCAGCUAACUUACUCAAUCUAGUGAGGAACGAAUACUCUAUAAAACCUUUUUGCAAAGGGAAACACUAUUCAACAGAAUCUCAGAUAACAUGAGUAACAUACAGAAGAGCAUCRUGAGAAAAAACAGUGCGACACUUCGUCAUUUGGUGUAUGUGUUUCAAAUGUACGGUUUUUUACUUUGUCUGAUGGCUAGUCCUUCGUUAUUAUUCAAUCGUUCUCCAAAAGCGGCGUGUAAAGAACCCCUAGGAAUGGCAAGUGGUAAAAUCAAAGACGAACAAAUAACAGCAUUUUCGUCGUUUAAUAAUGAUUUCAAUACUUAUGGAGCACAGAGAGCUCGUCUUGGCUUAACAACAUGGCCUCCAGGACAUCGAGCCGAUCCUCAUCAGGCCAUGUCCUCGUGGUUGAAAAUAGAACUCAAAGAAAAGAUGAUUAUYACAGGAAUUGCAACACAGGGUUAUGGCGAUGCCAAGGUYCCAGAAUGGGUUACAAAAUACAUGUUAUUAUAUUCCACUGGUGAGGACUAUCUCUUUUUUAAAGACCAAAGCGGAGGCUUAAAGAUUUUCAACGGUAAUAAAAACUGGAAUGGUGUGGUGCGAAACGAGGUACCAAUACCAGCCGUUGUACAGAGUAUAAUGCUUAUGCCAUCAGAUUAUAAUAAGAAUUUUGCAUUACGAAUGGAGCUCUAUGGAUGCAAGCCAGGGUAUUAUUUUAUUGUCUCAUUGAAAAUGCGUGGGUCAUUUUUUCGGAUGGAAUUCUUAGACUCUGAGUCGUCACUAUAUGGAUCUACAAAAGAAGACACAAUCUUAGAGGUCAAUUACGUGCUGGAAAAAAUCCCAGGUUUUCUUUCCGCAAAAGUGGAACGAUUUUGUAGAAGUGAGACACUUGUUCUUGUCAAUUACGUGCUGGAAAAAAUCCCAGGUUUUCUUUCCGCAAAAGUGGAACGAUUUUGGCCGGAAAGUUCUCUGUUUGGAGAUGUUCUACUGGUUGCGGAUGURAAAAUUGAUUGCAUUGAAGCAAGCGUACAUUACAUCACAACCGCUCUGAAAAGCGCAGUUUCGCAAGAAUCCCAAGAGCUUUUUGACCCAGACUACAUUAAAGUAAAAUAYCCAAAGGAUUACAUGUGUCGACCACCAAACGUCACCAUCAACUUAAAUACAGACAUUUCAAAAGCAAAAGUAGUUUAUUCGAUUGACAGAUUACAAGUAAAGAGUGAAAUUCAUAUACUUUGUAAUUUAACAAAGGCAACUCUGAUAUUAUGGGAUAGAUCCCACGUUAAUGUACAAAGAAAACAACUUUCGAAUUUAAGAACGUUUGGAAGUGGGCUGCGGUCAUUAAAUAUAAGUGUGCGCGAUUGGAAGCUGGGGUUUCAUUACAUAAGAUUAAGUGUCUCCAUGAGAGGCAAAGAAGGGACGACGAACUUUGAUUUUGGAUUUAUUCAUGUGAAGUUGCCGCCUUUAGUUGUUAAGAUUGAAGGCCCUACUGUUGCUCUAAAAGGCGUUGGACCGUUCUCUUUGGAUGGGUCAAAAUCAUAUGACCCAAGCUUGCCACCAAGGGCGUUAACCUACACGUGGCUAUGUCGUCGAGUUAAUGAAACGUUUCGUAACAUCAACAUGAGUUAUGCUAUUGAUGGGAUGUCUUCACAAGAAAGGGAUAAAGGAGGUUGUUUUGGAUUUGGCCCUGGCAAAAUGAAUUCAACUGAACCGAUUUUAAGAGUACCAACACCUUAUAUGRAAGUAGGAGAAACUUACGUAUUUCAACUAAUUGUCAGUUCAGACACAAGGGAAACCAAGAUAGAUCACACAGUUUACCUGAACUCUUCAUUAUCAUAUAAAAUACGAUGCCAAGUUAACUGUGGUAUAAAAGUGACAACUGGUAUGCGAACGACAUUUGUCUCGGACUGUGUAGGUGUAGCCUGUAAAYUAAUCAAAUCCUAUAACUGGAAGCUGUACUAUAAAGAUUCGUUUGAGCUUGAUGCUGGAUGGAUGGAAGAAGACCUUCAGGGUAAACUCCUUACAGAAUUAGACAGUCCGUCUUUCUCUAUUAAAGGUGCAACAGGAAUAUUUGAGGAGGCUCUUUUCGAGGAAACUGAGUACAAGGUGACAAGUUUUGUUACGCURCAAGAUGGUACCGUUGAGAAAGCGAACGAGAUAGAGUUCUUCACUAAUUCCAAGCCAUACAUGGAAGGGUUUUCAGAUGAUGAAGGAUGUUACAUCACGCCGGAAGAAGGGAGUGCCGUGACAACUUUGUACAACGUCACGUGUAUUGGGUUCAUGGAYGAUGACUUGCCUYUGGAGUAUGAAUUCAGGUAUCACACAAUUUAUGGAAUGGUGGUGGUUGAUAGRACUUUAAGCAACAGUAUYACAACACGCCUUCCUCUUGGAGACCCAUCAACAAAUUAUGAAAUUCUUAUUGAAGUUAUAAUUUACGAUGCAUUAGGAGCUCCUUAUAUGGAUUUUAUACCAGUGACGGUAAAACCAAUGAAGGCCGCCAAUGUUGGCAACACUUUAAAAUCGAUGACAAAUGGCAAAGACAGUGCAAUGGGGAAUCUUCUUAAGUCGGGUGAUGUUAGUAAAGCAACUCAAAUGGCGUGCGCUGUUUUAUCCCUAGUGGACCAGUCAGACGGCAAACUUGGGUCUGAAGAUAAAAAAUCGAUUAAUAUGCGCGAUAAGUUAAAAGUUAGCAAGUCUUCCGUCAAGAAAUUGAAGGAAGGAAUUAUCAAUCAAAUCACCAAGGUCAAAGUGGAGAGUUUAGAGCAAGUCACUCAAGUUGCACAAGUUGUUGCAAUGGCAACUGGUGAAAGUGAUGAAAUAUCGCAAGACUCACAAGAAAAUGCAAUCAAUCUCUUAUCUAAUACUGCAAGUUUUAUGGCUAGUCAAAAGAAUGCAAAYCCAGAACUUCUUCAAAARGUUGGCGCUAGUCUUCUCCAUGGAAUUGGGAAUCUGAUGACAGCAUCAUCCGCUGAAGCAAWGGUAGCCAAAAAGGAUAAACGAAAACCCAACAAGGAAAAAGACUCUAAGAAAGAAAAGAGCAAGGAAAUGGCCCAGCAGACAUUAAAAAUGAUGGACACAGUUGGUGGAAGUCUUUUAUCGACAAAAACUGUCGGUGAAAAACCAAGUGUAUUCAAAACAAAAGAAGUCGCUCUAUUGCUGGACAGACAAUUACCGUCAAAGAUGGGUGACAAAAAACUCGGAGAGGGGGAUAGUGAGGUUGCAUUACCAUCAGCUGGAUCACUGUUUGGUAAUUCUGAUGAUAUGUCUGCGGUUGAUUCACAGAUGACUGCCUUCAACAACAAUCCUUUUACUUGGGAUGAAAGUUCAAAAAAUGUCAAAUCAUCGGUUGUCGAAUUUACGUUAAAGUCUACCAGUGGAAAAGCACUUGAAGUCAAAGGACUCGAAAAACCAAUUGAGUUAUAUAUUCCUCAGAAAGUAGAAGAUAAGCCAAAGGAUGAAAACGAUACUAUCUACUUUGCAAAACCAAGCAUUGGAAAGAAAAACAUUCGAAGUCAUCAAAUAACGAUACAGUCCGACGAGGUGGCGGUUACAGUUAAGAUUGAGCCAGAAGACGGAUCUAGCCUUGAGGUAUACGUACGACACGCAAAAAAGCCAACACCAGAAGAAUAUGACAUCAAGAAAAUCGUCCCCGAUUACUCUAAAUGCAAUGUCUCAGAUCAGGGAGAGUACAUAAAUUGCACGGAUGACCCUUUCACUUUAACCUUAUCAAGUGCAGUCACUGGUGGUAUAGGUGUUCAUUAUAUCGGAGUGCGGUACACUGGGUUGAGGGCAAUGGGCCCGACAGAAUCCUCAGCUAGCGMAAACGAGAUUACACGAGUUAGACGGGAUUGCUACAGCCAUAACGGUCGGAUGAAGCGAGAUUGUGUUGGAGUAAAAACCCCUCCUACAACAAUGCCACCAACCCCACUCAUUAUUAUACCACAAUACAAUGCUUCUACUGAUGUGAAUUACACCAUGUCAGUCAGUGUGACGUCAUGCUUGUACUGGUCUGAAAAAGUAUCUAAAUGGACAAGUGAGGGGUGUAAGGUUGGUCCCAAAUCCGUUGCAAGCAAGCUUCAUUGUCUUUGUACUCACUUGUCUGCAUUUGGUGGAGAUUUCUUCGUAGCUCCAAAUCCCAUUGACUUUGACAAGGUGUUUGCUGAAUUUGGAAAUCUUGCUGAGUCUGGAAACUUUGUUGUUCUCGCAACCGUUUGUGGAUUGUUUGGUUUAUACUUCGUCGGUCUCGUCUUUGCGCGAAAGGCGGACAAGAAAGACGAAAUGAGGGUUGUCGCCAACGUUUUCUUAUCUCAAGGGGAACUCCAAGAAGGCUAUGUUUAUCAAGUAUCUAUACAAACUGGUAUGUGGAGAGGAUAUGGUACUACAGCGAAUGUUGGAAUAAUCAUAUACGGUGAAGACGGAAGGACGGAAGAAAUUAUGUUAACAGAUAAAAAUCUCAAUAAAGAUUUCUUCGCGAGAGGAAGUUUAAAUAACUUCACCAUCACUGUACCAGAAUCACUAGGCGAAUUAUUAAAGAUCAAGAUUUGGCACGACAAUUCGGGUAAUAAUCCAGCAUGGUUUUUCCAUCAAGUUCUCAUUGUCGAUGURGAAACAGCCCAACAAUCRCACUUUCUGGCGAACAGAUGGCUUGCUGUGGAGAAAGGAGAUGGCAAAAUCGAAUUAGAAAUUCCAAAAGCAGAAAARAAAGAUCUUUCAGGAUUUAGGAAUUUAUUUUACUCAAGAACAGCUCGCAGUCUUGGAGAGGGCCAUCUGUGGCUGUCGGUCUUUACUCGCCCUCCACACAACACUUUCACUAGAUGUCAGCGGCUAUCUUGCUGUUUAUCGAUUCUAUUUGCUGCCAUGGUUACCAAUGCGAUGUUCUAUCAGUUUGGAGCAGAACCCAAGGAUUCGUUCCAAAUAGGACCAUUAAAGAUGAGCUGGACUCAAAUUAAAAUUGGCAUACAGAGCAGCAUUGUAGCUAUUCCAGUGAACAUCCUGAUUGUAACUAUAUUUAGAAACAUUAAGCACCCCGCUCCUGAUARCGCCGACAUUGUAGGAAGCGGGGAUGUCGGUAAAAAAACAAAGACACCGGGAUGUCUGCCACACUUUUUUGUAUAUAUUGGAUGGAUAUUGUCGUCUUUAACGUCUUUGGCAGCUGCCACCUUUACUGUGUUUUACAGCCUUAUGUGGGGAGCGAGUACAUCAAACCAGUGGUUAACAUCUAUUAUGGUUUCGUUUUUCCAAGAUGUAAUUAUUACUCAGCCUAUAAAAGUAAUCGCUAUUGCAUCGUUGUUAUCGCUUGUGCUCAAAAAGCCUCCAGAGAACGAUGUCGUUCUUGGAGAAUCAUUAUCAAAAGAUAAAGAGAAGGGAGRUAAAAGCUAUUUGGCACCACGGGGAGCCGAGCUUGAGAAGCAGAGAAUCUACAGAACUAAAGUCCUUGCUAUGUUCCGAACCUUGGUGGAGAUUAUAUUCUUCCUCAUCUUUAUUGUCUUGGUUGUCGUGGUGUGCUAUGGAAACAGAAAAGUCACACGAUUUCAGCUCAAUGACGGGAUGGAGAAACUUACCAAACGAUUUAACAAGGUCACGACCAAUGAAAAGUUCUGGAAAUGGCUCAAGACGUAUCUCAUUCCAGCCUUGUAUGAUACMCAAUGGUACAACGGUGAACCUUUUGAAUAUGAAGAAGGUUUUCUCAGCAAUCGUGAAGUGUUUAUGGUCGGGAUGCCUCGACUGCGGCAGCUAAGGAUUCGUCCAGAUAUAAGCUGUCCCAUUGAAGAAAGCAAACCUCUUCUCGCACAUAUGUUCCAUCGAUGUCUUCCUGCCUAYRAUCAUCAAAAUGAGUUUACAGAAGAAUACAACAUGCCUGGCUGGAAGCCCGUGUACAAUCUAAAUAAGUCAUUAUCGCAAUUUAAGUUAUUAGAGAUGUGCCCCAAGCCUUGGAGGUACCGUAGUGCGCRAUCGCUAAACUCGCUUCCUUUUCAAGGAAAAGAUAUAUCGUAUGAUGGUGGUGGGUUUAUAGCGGACCUCGGAUAUAAUUCCUGGCAAGCUUUGGACGUCAUCAGAGGUUUAGAGAUGAAUAACUGGCUURAUGAUAAAACUGUUGCUGUGUUUGCGGAAUUUACAGUUUUUGAACCUUCAACAUCGCUAUUUAGCCAUGCAAAGUAUCUAUUUGAGAGAUUACCAACUGGGGGAAGUCAUGCUCGAUUGAAUGUGAAGACUCUUGUUCUCUAUUCGUCUUCGGAUCAAAAUUUCCAGUCGUUCUUUCAAGUCUGUCAAUUGAUGUUGAUGCUCAUGAUCUUGUUUUUCCUGUUUGUUGAAAUUGGAAAGAUAUAUCGACAGGGAAGAAAGUAUCCAAAACAAUUUUGGAACUGGAUGGAAGUAAUACAAAUAACUAGUGCUGUAUCAGCGAUCGUAAUGUUCUUUUUCAAGGAAAAAUACACUAGUGACUUUGUGCAAAAUGUGCAGGAUAACCCUUAUGAGACUUCCAGCAUCGAUUACAUCGUCUUGUGGUCUGAUUUGGAAAUUUACUUGCUGUCGCUUGUUAUCUUUGUUGUCACUAUCAAAUUCCUUCGUCUGAUUCGUUUUAAUCGAAGCAUUUGUCAAAUGACUGGAACUCUUGUGAGAUCGGCAAAGAGCAUGGCGUCGUUUUUUAUCCUUUUUGUAGCUGUUCUCCUCGCCUUCACACAACUUGGUUUCCUGGCUUUUGGUGGUACAGUUUCUGCGUAUUCAUCGUUUUUCCAGUCAAUGCGUGCAGUGCUACAAAUGCUUCUUGGUGGUGAAAUGCAUUUUUAUGAGUUAAAAUCGGUAGAUUCAUUUAUUGGUCCUGUGUUUACCUUUGUUUACAUGUUAUCCAUGACAAUGAUUCUGUUAAACAUGUUUUUGGCAAUACUGAACGAUUCAUACGAAGAAACCAGAGAGCAGGAAGACGAGGACGAUUUUGCAGACGCUGAUCUUUGUGAAUUCAUGACACAGUAUUUUAAGAAUAGCUUCAACGUCCUUUCUAAUGAGAUAGCCAACUUGGGAAAGAAGCUUUUCUCAAUCGCRCAAAAUUACAUCAAAGAAAAGAAGAGCUCGAAAGAAGACGAAUACAAGAARGUYGCAUUGGACGAGAAUGAGAUCACUUUAGUCAUAAAUCAAGACGGAAUCGACACAAAAGAAGAGUGCUACCUUGCAUCUCUGGAGUCCAUUGAUGAUCUUCUUGACGAACAUGACAAGGASACUYUUGAAGAUGUGAAAAGUAGCAUGAGUGAACUUAGACAAUCUUUAUUAUCCCUGACAAUAGACGAAGCAGUCCAUCGUCAGGAAUUCAGCCAACUCUUGUCUUCAAAGUGGGACAGUCCUUCAACAGAACAACAAAUUAAUGACGACACCCCAACAAAAAUGCAUUCCAUUUUUGACCGUCCAAGUUACACCACAUCAAUAUUCGACAGACCAGUAGGUCCUGUAUUCAAUGCCAACCUCACCUUCGGUUAUCGAAAUGGACGAUUUUCACCCUAUUCAUCAUCGAGAUACUUACAUCAAAACAACAAAACACAGAAUACUGCAUUGAMUUCGCCGGAAGAAGAUGAAGAACUUGCCACUGAAAAAACAGCACUGCUCGGGCAAACACCAAAUGGUAAUCAGGAGACAAGAUUAACGAUAGAGAAAGAAAGUUCUUUGUAAGACACUGGACUUCUCUUCCCUCAAUUUUUAUAUACCRUCAUUUCAGUUUCAAACAUACAGUUUUCAGAUUUUUAAUUUAGUUUUUUUUAGAUUUCUAAACCUUUUUGUUUAUGAUCAUGAUAUUAUUACAGUGCAGCAUUUGCUAACUUAUUUAGUAUUAUCUUUAUUCUUAUUACAAGUUUCCAACAAGACUUAUCAUUCUGCGGUGCAAUAUGAUUUUCAUUUUGGUAUCAUGACGUCACUGCUGUGUGACGUAACGUUUGCAUUGUACUAGUAUCAUGAGUUUUAGUCGAUUCUUUUCUCGAAUUCUGAGAUAAGUCGAAUUUUUGACUACCUUUCCUCUACCAUUUCUGUAUAUUUUUGUAGAAURAUAAUUUAUAUUUUAUAACAUUUAUUUUUUACCUGCGUCUCUCUAGAAGACGGCAAUUAUAUACAUACUUUGAAUAUCUAUCUAAAAGAUGGGAAAUGUAAGAUAAAAUGCUUGGAUAUCGUAACGAUAGUCAUUUUUUUUAGCCUUGAGCACUUCUUAAAGUGAGAUGCUUUUGUUUAGAUUUGUGAUUUUGUUGGAAAACUUCAUAGAAACUACAUACACAUACAAAUAUCUCCUCUCGCAUAAARUAAGGUUUUCAUCUGUAGGACGAAUAUUCUGGAAAAUAAUGGUGAUUUAAAUAAUUGGAACUAUAGUACGUAGAUUAAAUUUGUCAUUGGCAGUUAAGGUACUCAAUACUGGUACAAGGUUUAACAAUUAUAUUACGCUGGGAGUCCAGGUAAAUUUAUGAAAGCCAUAAUCAUAACUUGUUUGGGUAUCGCAUCUGCUUUCGAAAACUAUUUUUAUUUUCCUUGCUGCGCUUCUGUUAUUUGUCUAUUGAGUAAGGUGUUUUUGGCUUGGGCUUAGGUUAGGUGAUAAAAUAUGAUAUAAUCUGAAAAUGAAUUAUUAAAUGCAAAGUAUACUAAAAUAUGACAGAUUAAAA